UAAACAAGCUGCAGCUGCUCCCGAGUAGCGCGCUCGCCGCCUGCAGGUUUCCUUCAUUCCGGAUUCUCUGGAGCCGGCGGCGAGGGGAAGAUCAGGAGGAUUUGCUGUUCACUCUGAAAUCACGGCUGCCUAUUCCCUUUCCACCCGGUCUCGUCUUGUUGCCGACAGGAUGGCUGAAUUCAACAGGACCACUUCGGCUGGCUACCGCUUGGCGGACCGACCGACGGCCGGUGCCUUGGGUCUGUACAGCAAGCAGGGGGGUAGCGUCCGCUUAGCUCCGGCCAAGGCAGAGCAGAUAGAAGACCUGGAUGUGGUGAGAAACGAUCGCGUGUGGAGGGAGUUCGUGAGAACGGAGCGGCGAGGAGCCCAGCAGUGGGAAAAUAAGUGGAGUUUUCUUAAAGAUUAUGAUGCAAAGGGAGCAUUAAAAAUACGCGAGCCUCUACCUGAAUAUGUUCCUGUGUUCUCCAACAAAAUUCCAAACACUACAAACCAGACUUUUGGCAGCAGAAUGGACUGUCAUCUUGGUCAAGCAUUAAUAAGAAUGGAUUAUCAGCUUCAGUUAGACAACCGAAAGAAAAAACUGGAUAGUGAGCUCGUCCCAUAUUAAAAAUAAAGCAGAGAUUUAUCAAGGCGGAGCCUUGAUACCAAUUCAGAGAUGGGAGGGGGAAGGGAGUUUUCUGGGAAUUCAGGAAACUUAAAAGGGGUUUUCUUCACCCUUCAAAACUUAGGCAUAAGAAUGUUUAACCCUACUUCCAUUUUCAUCUUGCAGUCUGACAGAUUGAUGCCAUCCAACCAGGUUAGAAGGUCUUCAGCAUUCAGGAAGCAAAGAGUAGUUGUGGUGUUCGGCUGAAUCAGUAAGUCUGAGGCACAUUGGCAGUGAGGGCCAGUGGGAGACUGGAAGGUCAGGUUAGUGGGAGGUUAUGACCUCGGGUCUGAAUGGGGAAUACGGGGAAGCUAAAUCAAGCAGGAAAGUGGCAAAGUAAUUAAAAAGAAUGUGUUGUAUCCUUAUCUUCCUUCUGCUGCAGAGUGUCUUGAGAGUUGUAAUACUCCUCCAUCCUCAGUGAACUUUAAGAAUGUGAAUAAAUCUAUAACAUGUACUGUUGUUAUAAUAUUGAAGUCCCCCUGGAAAGUGUUGCUCCCACAUUCCAGUUCAGCUCCACUUUCUCUCUCAUUUAGACUGAGUGUCAAUUUUAUUUUUUAACAUCCCACUUGCUUCUUUUGUGGGGGAUUAUAAUUCCCAUCUUAGAACCCCAAACAUGAGAUUCUGCAGAAACUGGAAAUCUUGAACGACACACACUGAAUGCUGGAGGAACUCAGCAAGGGAAACCACAUUGAUGGAGGAGAGUCAACAGUCAAUGUUUUGAGUCGGAAUGAAGUGUCUUCAUCUGAAGCAUCAACCGUUUAUUCCCCUCCAUAGAUGCUGCAUGACUUGCUGAGUUCCUCCAGUAUUUUGUGUAUUAUUUGGGAUCUGUUUUUGUUUAUUUCUGGUCUUUACUUGUACUAAGACUUUCUUUCCAACGCCACAAAAAAUACUCGGACUUCAAGUAGGCAAAUUUUAUUAUCCAUGUUGUUAAUUAGGACUUCCUCAUAAUUCUCUAGUUUCAUCUGAUUUCUAGAAGUAAAAUCAAAAAGUAUUUUCAGACCAAAAUGGAAAUUCUUGAUUCUAACUUUGUUUUCAGGAAAUUUAUAAAACACCGUAAGUAAAUAAUAACUGCUUUCACAAGGCACUGUGCUACAAAAGGAUGAUUUGCCUCAAUACUUGAAUUCCAAAUACCUCUUAUUCACCAUAAAGGUAUUUGCUCACCAAACUACAGGAUCCAUGUGAUGAAGUGAGAGUUGAAGUGGUCCCUGCAUAAAACAGGGGGAAAGCUAUGAGCAUCAACCUAGAACUAUCUUCUGCCAAACAGUUGAUAUUUUUUGGUUUUAUUAAAUUUAACUCAGUCUUUGGAAGAAUGAAUUCCUCCAAAUUUGUAAUGCGAUAAAUGUAAAUAAAUAAAAUAUUGCAGUA